AUGAGGCCUAGCGCCGGGUACCCGCGCAUUCUGCAAGGAUUGCUGGACACCGCUGAUGUGAAGUAUCUGAAAGAAUUCUUCGAGCUUCAGGUGAAGGCAGAGUGGGAGAAAAACGAAGCCUUUGCAGCUUCCAAGAAUCGACCAAAGCCCCGGCGCUCACUGGAGUACUACACUCUCCUUAGACAUCUGCACAGCGAGCCGCGAGAUCCCUCACUGGAGCGCAUCGUGUCAAAACUGUAUGAGAGAAUUGAGAAGCAGCUUGGGUCCGGAUUUGUGAUCGUGCAUGAUUUUUGGUCAUGGCGCACAGCUGAGAAUGUGCCCGCCGAGUUCAUUCACCAUGAUCCUGAUUUUUGGGUUGCUAGUCGGCACGACGGCUUCAACCUUUGGAUUCUGCUGGACCAUGCGGACAUGUCUCACUCUUUUGACAUUCUCCUAGAGGAGAAGAACCCAAAGCUUUAUGAGAUCGUGGGCGACAAAGCAGGGCGACUCCUACCAGAGAGAGACCCUACGAAGUGCGCAGGCUGUCCGGGCCUCCUCUUUUGGGAUCCCUUGAGCCGUUGGCCUUUGCUCUACGAGUGUGCUUCCACGCGGACCUUGGCCAUGGUGCUGGGCGUUGGCUUUAACAAAUUUUGGGAGAAGUCGCAGCAGGGUGUCUUGCAUCUCAAGAAGCUUCUGCCAACUUGGGCCUUCCGCUGUUUCAUGUUCUUUGCCGGUUGGUGUUUUAGGCUCACACCUCUGCCAAAAGGCUUGGAGCUGAAGAUGGAGCGCUUCAACAUGAAGGUGGGGGAUGCCUUGGUCCUCCGGCAGUACGAGUUGCAUACCACGGACCAAGACCCUUUGCAGGUUCACCAGUUCCGUCUGGCUGUGGGUGUCAAAGUACUGCGCCAGGCACCAGUCACUCAGUACUGCUACACGGGGCCGGCCUCCCGGACUCGGAGGACCUACCCUUGCCUCCGCUGGGGUCUGGGGGAGCUCUUGCCGGACUUCUACCGUGCAACAAAGUUGGACUUCAAGCCUUAUCCAAGCACCUACCUCACGCGCGCCCUCUUCGAGGCCACCGCCGAGGUGGCCCUGGGAGAUGCUGAUACUCGCUGA